ACCAUCACCACCACCAACACUUCCUCCUCCUCCUCCAUCUCCGCCACUUGCACACUCACCAUCUGACUUACCGCCUACGACCAUCGCCAUGAACUGGAUUAAGCAGACCGUCGGUCUUACUGAUCACAACUAUGGCCCCGAGGGCGUGCACUCGGUCGCCCAGCAGGCCAAGGACACGCCUUACACCGAACUCACGAAGAACGAUCUGGCAUGGGAGGUCAUGAGCGGCACCAAUGUUGAGACCAAGACGUUCUACGUCGUCACCGACAGUGGCCAUGUCGCCAUGGCUCAGGUCAUCUACAGCGACGUCUUGGGCGUACGGACAACAGCACAGUUCAGUAGCAAGGUUUUUGCAAAGAAUGGCGGCAAGGACCACAUCUGGGCGUCGGACAACCUCUCCAACUACUCCUUCUCCAAGGACAAGCAGAACUUCAAGGCCGACGGCUGCACUAUGGAUCUCAGUGAAGACGGCAAGACCUACCACGUCAAGUCGAACACGAACAAGAAGUCGAUCGUGGACAUGAAAUGGACACAGGCAGCACCGGGAUUUGUCGUGGGCAAGGAUGGUCGGACGCUCUUCGGCACAGACAAGAAGAAGCCAUGGGGCAGCAUGAGACACGCCUUCUGGCCCAGAUGUCGUGUUGAAGGCAGCAUCAUGACCAAGGACGGCCCUAUCGACAUGAAGGGUGUGGGCAUCUUCAUCCACGCUUUGCAGGGUAUGAAGCCGCAUUUCGCCGCCGCCAAAUGGAACUUCAUCAAUUACCAGUCAGCCAAAUACUCCGCUAUUAUGAUGGAGUUCACGACGCCGCCCUCUUAUGGACCCACCUCUGUCAAUGUAGGUGGUAUUGCCAUCGACGGCGAGCUCAUUUUUGCGGGCAGUGAUCCCGCAGUGAAAGUGCAGCACACGGCCAUCAAGGGUGACAAGGACAACGACUGGCCCGAACCAAGCGCGGUUGCCGCUUCGUGGGACGGCGCCACAAAGGACGGCAAGACUGUACAUGCAGACCUCAAAGGCGACAUUGUACGAGCGGAUCGAAUCGAUGUUAUGGGAGAAGUCCCCAAAUUCGUGAAACAGAUUGUUGCUGGAGCCGCCGGGACGAAACCUUACAUCUACCAAUACUGCCCCAAGAUGAAGUUGCAGCUCAAGAUUGGUGACGAGGUCAUAGAAGACGAAGGACAACUGUUCAUGGAAGCGACCUUCAUCACAUAAACCUCUUGCUUUGUUUGGGAAUAAUUCGAGGUCGACAUCGGCAAACCUCGGCAUAUUGGGAUUGGAGUUGGCGAAGACAGUGCCGGAGAGCAUUGAUGGACAUGACCCGCACACUUGCACCUGACGAUACCACUACCUACGCACCUUUAAUGACAUGAUAGAGAUCUGAUGCGCUUUCAGCUCAUCUGACUUGCCG